CCGACCAGCCCAAGCCCAGACACGGGCAACACAAAGAGGAGAGGAGACGCCGCCAGCUGAAGCAUCACUGCUCACCCCCCCCGGAACAGCUCAGACACAAGACCAGACCUAGAGACAUACAGUAGCAGCAAAGAUGCCGAUCUGCACCAUCCUGGAGAAGUGUAACGGUGUGGUGGUGGGAGCUGAGCUGGCCUGCAGCGUGCGGGAGGAGAACAACGCUCAGAGGGAGAGCUACAGUGCUGAUUGGCACAGUGUUAGUCUCAAAACUCAGCCUCAGGAAAGGCAGACGAUGAACAUGAAUGACAGCUCUCGCAGGGAGACUCUGUCCCGGCAGUGGCAGGCACGCUCCCUGAAGCAGAUCUGCCCCUCUGGUGUCUUCAGAGUGGGCACCAUGGAGUCAGGAGUGAGGGAGCACCAGCUGCUGCCAAAGAGAAACACUCUCCCCUUGCCCAUUUUCACCCCCGCAGAGCUGGGCACCAGGCUGGGACGCGGAGCCCCACACACCGAGGAGGACCUGCAGCCCUUCCCCACGUCAGACGGAGCCUGUCCCAGCAAGAGGACGGUGGACGAGAUCACACGAGAUCUUCCCCCGGUCAAGCCAACCCUCAUGGAGUUUUCCAAAGAGGCCAAAGCCCUGGGUCGCUCCAUGUCUCUGGAGGCACAGCGAGGGUGAAAAAACACAACAAACAGGAGGACAAAAAAAGAGAAAGAGGGGAUGAUAGGGAGAGACGAGAAGGAUGACAGGUGGAGAAGGAUAGUCAAGGACGGGAUGUGUAUAGAUUUAUCUCUAGUGACAUUCAUCUUAAACUCAUCAUACUCUAGAUUUCUAGCUCUGUCUGUGUUUGUUGGCGAGCACAGCACCAGGCAAAUGUCACGCUGUGUCACUGUUGGCAUUUCAUGGUCAGUGGUAUUUUAGAAAUGCUCAUGCGAAGGCAUUUGCUGUGGAAUGGAGUGAGUGUGUGUGUGUGUGUGUGUGUGUGCUUAGCUGUGCCGUGGACUUUCGUCUGCCUCUGGGAUCACUGUCAACCAGCUGUUGCACACUGCUGCACCUUAGCCACGCUGCACACACGUACGUCCUCUUGACUUCUGUUUAUAUCGAUACGCUGACAAGAUAAACGUGGCCACUUGACCUGUAACAGGUGGUGAAGGCAUUUAACGAAGUGAAAAGUGGCAGAUGCAAAUAAAGAAGGCAGGAGGGCAGGUGGUAAACUGUAACAAGGGACAGAAGACGGAGAGGGGGGGGAGUCAGAGGGGAGAGGGCUCGGUUUGAAGCCCUUGACAGUCUCUGAUCUCUGUGAAGUGUUGAGAAUGUUCUGGUGUGAUCACACACUAUGGAUGUACAUAUAAUUGUGUGUGUGUGUGUGUGUGUGUGUGUGAGAGACGGCUCAAAUCAAGAGGACGUAGGAAAAAAACACUGUGUAUCAACUGAUCUGGUUCGUUAGUUGAGAGAAAUCAGACUCUAUAGUGGAUGGAUUUGCAAAUGUGUGCUAAUGAUGUUGAUGUAGAUUAUUACUAUUAAUGAUAUUUUUACAAAUAAAAGCUAUGGCACUCA